AUGGAUUCGAAGAAGCUUGAGCAGUUGUUCUCUCCCGGAAGAAAAGUGAUUUCUGGGUUUAAUUUGGGAGUUGGAGCUUCUCUGAUUGUAAUCGCCGUACUUUUUGUCACUUAUUCUUUAAAGAGUCCUGUUGUGGACCAAAGGAUCUAUACUCCUGGUGUAAAUUCCUCUUUUGUUUCAUGGCCUUUCUCGUUUUCAAGUACUGAAAAUUCUGUUACAUCUGACAAGCAAGUCUCUGUGGGGUCUAGCAACACUACCCAAUUGGGAAAUUUUACAGAGGAAGUUAGAGAUGGAAGCUCUGGGGUUGAAGAAGGAAGGGUUGAGCAUAAAGAAGAUGAUGAGUUUGGUUCAAAUGAGGGAGGAGGUGUUUUGGGGAAUUCCUCUGAGAUUUUGAGUAAUGGAAGCUUGCAUGUUGAAGGUGGGAAAGAGACAGUUUUGGAGAAGACUGAGAUGGGGAAUUUAACAGAGGAAGUUAAAGAUGGAAGCUCUGGGGUUGAGGAAGGAAGAGUUGAAGGGAAAGAUGGUGGCUUGGAUUCAAGAAAUUCCUCUGAGAUUUUGAAAUCUGAGAGCUUGCAUGGUGAAGGUGGGAAGGAAAUUGGGAAUUUAAGCAUGUCUGGGAAAGAAGAUGUGCAUGCAGAGGAAACAGUUGAAGGUAGUUUUUCAAAGAAUUCUAGUAAUGGGGAUGGGAAGGUAACAGAUGAUCAUCAUGGAAAUUCGACUCAGAAAACUGAGGUCAUUGAUUUUGAUUCUCAAACUUGGGAAAUGCCUAGUGAUUCUGAUGAGAAAUGUGAUAUUUUUGAUGGUAAAUGGGUGAGAGAUGAUUCAAAGCCAUACUAUCCUGGAGGUUCAUGUCCACACGUUGAUAAGGUGUGGAACUGUCACUCUAAUCGAAGGCCGGACAAUGCUUUCCUAAAAUGGAAAUGGCAGCCGAAUCAUUGUGACAUCCCUAGUUUGAAUGCGACUGAUUUUCUGGAGAGAUUGAGAGGACAGAGGCUGGUUUUUGUGGGGGAUUCACUAAAUAGGAACAUGUGGGAGUCUCUUGUGUGCAUUCUCCGUCACAGCGUUCGGCACAAAAAAAAGGUGUAUGAGAUUUCUGGAAGGACGGAUUUUAAGAAGAAGGGGAUAUAUGCAUUCAGGUUUGAGGAGUACAAUUGUUCUGUGGAUUUUGUGGUUGCUCCAUUCCUUGUUAGGAAGUCAUCAUUCAAAGGCAAAAACAGUUGGUUUGAGACAUUGAGGUUGGAUUUGAUGGACCCGACUACAAAAACGUAUCGUGACGCUGAUGUUCUAGUUUUUAAUACUGGACAUUGGUGGACACAUGAGAAAACAUCUAAAGGAGAAGACUAUUACCAAGAAGGCAACUAUGUUCAUCCGAGGCUCAAGGCUCUUGAAGCAUACAAGAGAGCUCUCACCACUUGGGCGAGAUGGGUGGACACAUAUAUCAAUGCCAACAAGACUCGGGUUUUCUUCAGAGGAUAUUCAGUCACCCAUUUCAGUGGAGGGCAAUGGAACUCAGGUGGACAGUGCCACAGAGAAACAGAACCAAUCUUUAACGAGACUUAUCUAACGCACUACCCUUCAAAAAUGAGAGCUCUAGAGUCUGUACUUAAAGAAAUGAAAACUCCAGUGACAUAUCUUAACAUUACUAGGCUUACGGAUUAUAGAAAAGAUGGACACCCUUCCAUUUACAGAACAAUAUACAAGACAAAACAAGCCCAAAUUAAAGCUGAACAAUCUCAGGAUUGCAGUCAUUGGUGCUUACCUGGGGUUCCUGAUACUUGGAACGAAUUGUUAUACGCUUUGCUAUUGCAGACUGGAUGGGGAUCACGGCAGAAGUGAAAGGAAAUUUUUCUUUGUUCUUUCCUUUUUCAAGGUAGCUAGCUUACAUGCUGAUUCAGAUGAUGUAUGUAGGCUAGGGUGCUAGUUAUGCAGAGUGAACGUAUGUCUGUACAUGUUUGGUACCAAAGAUAUCAAAAAUACAAUGUCAUUCUUUUUUAUUUGCAAUUUGGAAUUUGAUGUAAUCGAUUGAUCCUGAUUCAUAUAUAUUUUCGAUUUUAUUCUAAAUCAACAGUUCAUUCCACCAUAAACCAAUUAUUGAACAAAAGACUCAAUAAAACACACGACACACCAAAAAGAAAAACACAUACUUAAACAGAUACACAUCGAUUACGUUGUCAUGCCAGGACUAGAGUAGAAUAAUAUUACAGAAGAUAAAAGACUCAUCACAGAGUGUGAGUCCAUGCCGAUUUUGUGACUUGCCGGUUUGCUAAGCGCUAGCCAAACCUUCUGCUACCUCUGGAUAUGAAGUUUCUGUAGUUAGCAGCAGCAGGUGACUGAGCUCAGGCAAACUAUUGGAGUGAGGUUGAGGUAUGAUCUCACUGGCUCACUCCAUUGCCAAUGCUUUUAAGGCCAAUGGAUGUGUUCUUCCCAAUCUGCUUCAAUACCUAUCAGAUUGGAGAAACUGAUCAUAGCUCUAUGAAUCCAUUGGGACCUUAAAGAUUCAGUGGAGGGAUUACUCUGAGGCUAU